ACGCACCAGGGAACACACUGAUUUCACAGACAAUGCAAGAAAAGCUUUAGUGGAGCUAUAAAACAGAAGUGGAGUCACGAUGCCCUGGAUGAACCCUUUGGCCCGAAUCAGGGACGCUUGGCGAGGUCAAAGGGCGCGGGACAAGGAGCUACGGAACCUGGUGUCCAAUUUACCUUAUGAAGGACUGGACAAACACAAACAACCGAAUCGGCACUUUCCCGGCAAUGGCAUCAAGACGACCAAAUACAGCAUCCUCUUCUUUUUACCCAUGAACCUCUUCGAACAGUUUCACCGUCUGGCAAACCUCUAUUUCGUCGGUUUGGCUAUUUUGAAUUUCGUGCCCAUGGUCCAAGCGUUCGAGCCCGAAGUCGCCCUCAUCCCCAUCUGCGUGAUCCUGGCUCUGACGGCGCUCAAAGAUGCCUGGGAGGACUUCGGGAGGUACCAGUCGGACAAGGAGCUGAACGGCUUGCCCUGUUUCGUGUACAGCAGGAAAAAAAAGUGUUAUGUGGAGAAGCGCUGGAAGGACGUGAGAGUGGGGGACUUCGUGAAGGUGGAAUCCAACGACACCGUCCCUGCGGAUCUCCUGCUCCUGUUCACCUCAGACCCAAACGGCGUGUGCCACAUCGAGACCGCCAACCUGGACGGAGAAACCAACCUGAAGCAGAGGAGAGCUGUGCCCGGAGCCUGUGUCACUGAUCCUGAGUUUGAGCCCGAGUCUUUUACGGGCGUAGUAAUCUGUGAAAAACCCAACAUCAACCUGAACCACUUCAAGUGCUACAUAGAGAAAGUGGAUAAAGAAAAACUCGGAGCUGGAAUCUCAAACCUGCUGCUGCGAGGCUGCACCGUGAGGAACACCGGCUACGCCAUCGGCUUUGUGGUGUACGCAGGGCAUGAAACUAAGUCGAUGCUGAACAACAACGGCCCGAGGUACAAACGCAGCCGCCUGGAGCGUCGACUCAACGUGGACGUGAUCUUCUGCAUCCUCCUCCUGGUCCUCAUGUGCAUCAUCGGGUCUCUAGGACAUUACUUAUGGCUGGAGUCGAUGCCCGGCGUCCCCCUGUACCUCGUCCCACACGGCGACGGUCACCUGGACACUCCCAGUCUGGCCAGUUUCUACAUGUUCUUCAGCAUGAUCAUCCUGCUACAGGUUCUGAUUCCCAUUUCGCUCUACGUUUCCAUCGAGCUGGUGAAGAUUGGCCAGAUCUUUUUCAUCACAAAUGACUUGGAUUUGUACGAUGAGGACACAGACUCGAGAGUCCAGUGUAAGGCCCUGAACAUCACGGAGGACCUGGGACAGAUCCAGUUCAUCUUUUCCGACAAGACGGGCACGCUCACCGAAAACAAGAUGGUGUUUCGCCGAUGCUCCAUUAUGGGAAUAGAGUAUCCGCACAAGGAGAACGCUGUCCGUUUAUCCGUUCUUAACAAACGAGAUGAAGAUGAAGAUGUGCUCUUCAGCCAGACGCCGUCCACUAAACAGCCGUGGUCUCUGGACUCUGAGGAGCCGCCGGAGAAGAAAAGUGAGAGAACAAGCAAAAGCAAAGCCCACAGUGACGUCGCCUUCAGCAGUCCUCUGGAAACUGAGGUCAUCCCAGAUCAGAAGCUCCUCCGGCAGCUCGGGGGGACGGACAGGACAGAUGCCUACCUGGACUUUUUUCUGGCUCUCGCCAUUUGCAACACUGUGGUGGUUUCCAUGGCAACAGGGAAGAGACGGAGGAGCUCUGUGUUUCUGCAGAGGAGGCAGUCUACCCCGUUAGACACUUUCUCCAGUUUGAUGAAAAAACUCGGUUCAUGGACUUGUCUCAGGAUCCGCAGCACUCCAGACACGAGCCCGAGCGCACAGGAGCUCUCUGGGGACCUCACCGGGGGACAGACGCGUCACCUCCAUGUCCCUCCACGGGGCACUACCCCCGCGGUGCCCACAGACGAGCUCUGCUACGAGGCGGAGAGUCCAGACGAGGCCGUCUUAGUGCACACGGCUAAGGCAUAUGGCUUCGUCCUGCUGUCCCGGACCCCUGACAGCGUCACGGUCCGGCUCCCGUCUGGAGCGCAGCUCAGGUACGAGGUGCUGGACACUUUGACCUUUGACUCCACCAGGAAGAGGAUGUCUGUGUUGGUGAGACACCCCAUCUCCAAACAGUGCAUCCUGUACACUAAAGGCGCAGACUAUGCCAUUAUGGAGCUUCUGGAGACUCCACAUGGAGGUAAACUGCAGACGGACAUAGCGUCAGACACUCAACAACAUCUGGACUGUUACGCUAAAGACGGCCUGCGCACGCUCUGCAUCACCAAAAAGGUGCUGAGUGACAGAGAGUAUGAGAACUGGGCAGUGAAGAGACAUCAGGCUCUGACCGCGAUGGACGACAGAGAGCAGCUCAUCAUGGACUCAGCUGUGACCAUAGAAACUGACCUCUGCCUCCUGGGGGCGACAGGUGUGGAGGACCGUCUGCAGGACAACGUCCCAGACACCAUCAUGUCUCUGCGGGAGGCGGGGAUCAGGGUGUGGGUCCUGACGGGAGACAAGACCGAGACGGCGGUCAACAUCGGCUACGCCUGCAGACUCCUGGAGCCGGACGACCUGCUCAUCAACAUGAGCUGCCAAAACAAGAUCACCUGCACGUCGACGCUGAACUGCGCUCUGGAGGAGGUCAGGAGGUUCGCCGACGACCCCCGGAACGUCGACACCACGCCGGACAUCUCCCUGGUGAUCGACGGACGCACUCUGACCAUGGUGACGUCUCCGGACCUACGGGAGCGUUUCGUCGAUCUCGCCAAACGCUGCCGCUCGGUGCUGUGCUGUCGAGUCACGCCGCUGCAAAAAAGUCACGUGGUGAAGUUCAUCAGGGAGAAACUCAAGGUCAUGACGCUCGCCGUGGGUGAUGGCGCCAACGACGUGAACAUGAUCCAAGCGGCGGACAUUGGCGUGGGCGUCUGUGGUCAGGAGGGGAUGCAGGCCGUCAUGGCCAGUGACUUCGCCAUUUCUCGCUUCAAACACUUAAAAAAACUGCUCCUGGUCCACGGACACUGGUGCUACAGCCGCCUCGCCAACAUGGUCAUCUACUUCUUCUACAAGAACGCGGCCAACGUCAACUUGCUGUUUUGGUUCCAGUUCUUCUGUGGCUUCACCGCUAACGCCAUGAUCGACCACUGGCUCAUGAUUUUCUUCAAUUUGAUCUUCACUUCGGUCCCACCCGUGAUGUUUGGCAUCAUGGACAAAGACGUGUCUGCGGAGAUGCUGCUGGGUCUCCCCGAGCUGUACAGGACGGGGCAGGGCAAAGGGGAGUACACCUUCUUCACAUUUUGGAUGUCAAUGCUUGAUGCGUUUUACCAGAGUCUUGUGGCUUUCUUCGUCCCGUACUACACUUACAGAGGUUCGAACAUAGACAUUUUUUCGUUUGGAACUCCGUUGAACACGAUUUCCCUGUUUACCAUCCUGCUCCACCUGUCCAUCGAGAUCAAAGCCUGGACAUUCGUGCACGUCAUUGUCAUUGUGGGGAGCGUGUUGUUGUAUUUUGGAGUGACUCUGGCCUAUGGCUUCAUGUAUCUGAACUACAGCGGGUUCUGGACCCUCCAGACCCAGAUGGCCGACCCCAUGUUCUACCUGGUUUGUCUCAUCGCCACCGUCAUCGCGCUGCUCCCCAGGUACCUGUUUCACGUGCUGAAGAACUCUAUCGCCCCCUCCCCGAUCGUUCAGGCCCGGCAUUUGGACACACUGGAGCCGUCAGCGCGGGACCAAUGGAUGAAGGAGUGGAGGAGCUUCAGGGGAGGGGUCCAGGACAAAACCCCGGACGAGUCUGUCCCACCCUCCCCCUCACUGGAGAGCCUUAAUGAUGACUCUAUUAUGGACGAUGAGUUCACACUUAACGUGAUCACAGAGAGCCGCCACAGACCAGGCAGUCUAUGAGGAGAAGACACGAGACACUAAGGACAAGGAGUAAUCUGUUUUAUUUAUUCACAGUUGGAGGGACAUAUGUUACAGCGUCUCUUUUCUCGUCUCUCUGUGGAUUGUCCUGAUGAACCUGUUUAGUAAUGAGCUGAGCGGGAGAGCAGGCCUGUCCUCUCAGAGCACAAACACAGGACAUGUUUCAAAAUCCUCUUUGACUACAGAGUGCAACAUGAGGCUGGGCCUGAUGUGUUUAAGACAUAAAUGUGAAUAUAAAAGUAUUUGCCCUGAAUCGGUUGAGACGUGUUUAAUGUGCAGAGAUGAACACAGAGGUGACAAGAGUCUGAUAAUAAAAAAGUGGGUCCUGUGGAAAUCCAAAAGCAUC